CUGGCAACACUACGCGAAAGUGUCAAAGUGAGAACGGAACAACGGGAUAUCUCCACGUAACGCGUGCGUGCGUUUCUACAGUAUUUUCGUUUUAUUUAAUAAAAUAAUAUUAUUGUGGCGGCAAUGGUUGUGUAGAAAAAUCGCCACAUAAUAGGAGUACACAUUUUAGGCAUAAAAUAUAAAAAUCCGGCCAGUAUGAAGAGCUGGGGUUUUCUUCUGAUCGCUGCUUUAGCGUUAAGCAGCAGUAAUGCGGUUGAUAGGAAUAAUUUUAAGAAUUGUGACCAGUCGGGUUUUUGCAAGCGGUUACGAGGUUUUAAGCCAGAGAAGUCUGAGUACGCGCUUAAUUUAGACACUGUAUUAGUACAUGGAAAUGUAUUAUCAGCUGAAGUUGACACUGUAGACACAUCAACCCAGGAAAGGAAGGUUUUGUGGCACUAUGCUAUGAGACUGUCAGCCCUGGUAGAUGGUACCUUCAGGGUGGAAAUUGAUGAAGUGGAUCCACUGUACCCAAGGUACAGGACACAGCUCGCACUUGAUGGAGAACCUAAGGCUGAUGGUCUUAAACUCCUUUCAAAUGCGAACGGUAAGCUGACCCUAGCUAACAGCCAAGGACACAAAGUGGUGAUCACAGCGGAACCUCUUAAGAUUGAGUUCCUGAACCUCGCCGGUGAUGUGGCGGUGGUGCUGAAUGACAACGCUCAGCUGGUGGUGGAGCCGCUCCGAGUUAAAAAGGAAAGGAUUGAUGAUGAGGAUGGGAACCCUGUCGAAGUUGAGGAGGAAGGCACUUGGGGCGAGAGUUUCAAGUCGCACCAUGACAGCAAGCCUCGCGGUAACGAAGCCGUGUCCCUGGACUUCAGCUUCCCAGACGCUGAUAAUGUUUAUGGUAUUCCGGAACAUACAGAUAAGUUCCCCCUGAAAACAACAACCUCUGGCGAGCCCUACCGUCUUUUCAACUUGGAUGUCUUCGAGUAUGAGUUGGACAGUCGCAUGGCUUUAUACGGAGCUGUUCCUGUAUUGUAUUCUCAUGGCCCGAAACACAGCGCAGGUGUGUUCUGGCACAACUCGGCUGAGACGUGGGUGGACAUUGUCAACUACGCAGACAGUACUGUGGUCUCCUCGCUCGUCAACCUUGUUACCGGGGGCCAGAAGCGGCGUGUUGAUGCUAGGUUCAUAAGUGAGUCGGGAAUAGUGGAUGCUUUCGUGUUCCUUGGAGAGAAGCCCGCUGACGUUUUCCGUCAGUACGCGAUGUUGACUGGACCGACGCCAUUACCUCCUAAAUUCUCGCUAGCAUACCACCAGUGCCGCUGGAACUACGUGGACGAGGCGGACGUGCGCUCCGUGGACAACGGGUUCGACGAGCACGACAUCCCCGCCGACGUCAUCUGGCUAGACAUCGAGUACACCGACAGGAAGAAGUACUUCACAUGGGAUGCCCUGAAAUUCCCGAACCCCUCAGAAAUGGUCGCCAACCUGACAGCCAAGGGUCGCAAGCUGGUCGCCAUCAUAGAUCCCCACGUGAAGAGAGAAGCGGGUUACUUCCUGCACGAAGACGCUACUGAACUAGGAUACUAUGUUAAGGAUAAGGAUGGCAAGGAUUAUGAAGGUUGGUGUUGGCCCGGUUCCUCAUCAUACUUAGAUUUCUUCAACCCGCUUGUAAGCAAGUAUUACGCGGAGCGAUACUCGUUCGAGAACUUCCCCGGUACCAGCAAGGAUGUACACAUUUGGAAUGACAUGAAUGAGCCUAGCGUAUUCAACGGUCCUGAGAUCACGAUGCCAAAGGACUGUCGCCACUACAAACCCCCCCAGGACGGGAACGAUGGACUCGCCGCUUUCUGGGAACACAGGCACGUGCAUAACGAGUACGGUCUAUGGAACAUCCGCGCGACACACGACGGUAUGCGGCAGCGAUCUGACAAUAAGUACCGGCCCUUCAUACUCACUCGAUCCGCGUUCGCUGGUACUCAGAGAUACGCGGCAGUAUGGACGGGAGACAAUAUGGCGGAGUGGGGCUUCCUGGCAGUGAGCGUGCCGAUGUGCCUGUCCUUAGCGUCGGCCGGGAUCAGCUUCUGCGGGUCCGAUGUCGGCGGGUUCUUUAAAUACCCCGAAGCUGAGCUCAUGACGAGGUGGUAUCAGGCGGGCGCGUUCCAGCCGUUCUUCCGCGCUCACUCUCACAUCGAGACGAAGCGGCGCGAGCCCUGGCUGUACGAGCCCGCCACCACCGCGCUACUGCGGGACGCCAACCGCAGGAGAUACGCACUGCUCGACUUCUGGUAUACCCUAUUCUACGAGCAUUCAAUAGACGGGCUGCCAGUCAUGCGACCUCUGUUCCAAGAGUAUCCCAAGGAAGAGGACACGUACACCAUCGAUGACCAGUACCUACUUGGAAACAAACUCCUAGUUCGUCCCGUAGUGGAGCCGGGUGUGAGCAAUGUGAAAGUGUACCUGCCCGGGGCCGCAACCCGCACCCUUUGGUACGACGUCGACACAUACCACGCGUACCCCGCCAAUGGGUACCUUACCUUCGACGUUACGCUCUCUAAGAUCCCAGUGUUCCAGCGUGGUGGAGCGAUAGUACUGCGCAAGGAGCGCGUGCGUCGUUCCUCAGCCCUCAUGGCGGACGACCCGUACACUAUUGUCGUCGCUCUUGACAUUAACGGUACGGCAGAAGGCUCCUUGUACAUAGACGAUGGUGAGACAUACGAAUAUAAAAACAACAAGUACAUCUACGCUAAGCUAGCGUACGAAUCCGGCGCCAUGACAUACUCCUUCGUGAAUGAAAAGGCGAGCUAUCCGACCCGGUCGUGGGUGGAGCGCAUAGUUAUCGCCGGCAUUAAGACCCCGCCUAAGACCGCCAAGUUGGUGCAAGGGGAUAAGCAGACAUCUCUACAGAUGACACUACAUAAAGGUAACGACGUACUCGUCGUCCGGAAGCCGGCCGCCAGCAUGGCGCAACCUUGGAAAAUCACCUUUAGCUAUUAAGAUUUUAGGUAGAAAAUGAGUUGGUACUGCUAUCCGGUUCGGUAAGACACGUAUGUACAAAGAAUUCAUCUUUACUGCAUAGUAGAUUUUUUUA